CGUCAACGAUAUCGUAUGGUUAGCGAAAGGCUCACCGUCCUCGAUUAUUAUGUAAGAGCAUUCUUCGCACAACUCACCGAUAUAUCAACUGAGUUCAUCGUAGUGUCAUGGGCCCAACGGGAACGGGCAAAUCCACGUUCCUCAACCUGGCCAGUGGCUCCAAAUUCGGAGUAGGAACGAGCCUCCAGUCCGAGACAGCUGUCAUACAGCCAACCGAGCCUUUCAAAGUCGGAUCACAGCGUGUCGUCCUGGUCGAUACACCGGGGUUCGACGACACGUUGAAGUCUGACAGAGAAAUACUCAGUAUGAUCGCCGAAUACUUGGCUGACCUGCAUUCUAAGAAUAUAAAGAUCAAGGGCGUUAUGUACCUGCAUCGCAUCACCGACAACAGGAUGGGCGGCACUGCAUUGAGGAACUUCAGGAUGUUUGAGGCCCUCUGCGGGAAAGACUCGAUGCCGAACGCCGUCAUCGUCCUAAACAUGUGGAAUCAAGUUGGGAAAGACAUUCGCGAAGCACGCGAGAAGGAGCUGCGCGAAAGUGACGACUUCUUCAAGCAGGCUGUAGACGCGGGUGCCUCCGUCAUGCCCCACGACGGCCAACGAUCAUCCGCGGACGCCAUACUGGCGUAUCUCCUGAAGCAGAAGCCUGUGUCUCUUCAGAUACAAAAUGAGACGAUGAACGAGGACAAGAAGAUAUCACAAACGGCCGCUGGCAUGAUCCUUUUGGGGGAGCUUGCGAAGAGGGAAGUCAAACAAAGCGAGGAGCUGCAGCGCCUACGCAGACAGCUCGACGAGUUGUUGGAAGAGGGGGAGAGGAAAGACUUAAAGGAGGCGCAGAUGGACCUGGAAAGAGCCAGAGAGAAGCUGCAGGAUGAGAAGGGAAGGCUACAGGACGCGGGCGCCCUUGUCAGACGGAAUCCUGACUCGGACGGGGCCCAAUCCUUCGGACAGAAGUGGUGGGAUCGGGCACGAAGAGCGGCACGUAGAAGACAAACGGCAUGACCCGUACGGUCGCGAUGCAAACCAUUGGGCACUGCAGCGCAGGCCCGGGGGAUCGAAGCGGCGGGGAUGCGUACUUGCCGUGUUGACG